AUCCCCGGGCACUGUUUUCUAACCUGCGCCGUGGCUGCACUCUCUCUCUCUCUCUCUCUCUCUCUGCUGGGCUGCUAGCUGUAAUUUAUAAUAAUGCAUCGCUUUAUCCAGGGUCCUUUUAAUGCCUCUCUUCAAAAUGAAGAAGACGCUCGGCUGAACCUACGCUGAGGCCAGGUCGGGUCGGCAGGAGGACUACAGCGGGAACAUGAAAUGGAGAUAACCCGGGCCAGACCGUCGUUGUAUGGAGAAAUCGCUCAUGGCCUUGGAUUCUGGACAGACCGGUCAGCGGUGCAUGAGGCCGCUGCGCAGGGCCGAGCCCUGCAGCUGCAGCAGCUGAUCGAGGCGGGGGCAGCCGUGAACGUGGUGGCCGUGGACUCAAUAACCCCGCUGCACGAGGCGUGCAUACAGGGUCAGACCCAGUGCGUCAGGCUGCUGCUGGACGCCGGCGCACAGGUGGACGCACGGAACAUUGAUGGGAGCACCCCACUGUGUGACGCCUGUGCGGCCGGUAGCCUGGAUUGUGUCAAGCUGCUGCUGGAGUAUGGAGCCACCGUCAAUCCCCCACUGUUCACCUUCUCUCCCCUUCAUGAGGCGUGCAUGGGAGGUAACUCAGACUGUGUUCAGCUGAUGAUUGACCGAGGAGCCUUCAUGGAGGCUCACGACUGCCACUAUGGAACGCCGCUUCACGUAGCCUGCGCCAGGCAACACUUCGACUGCGCCAAAGUGCUCCUCAUUGCAGGGGCAAACGUGAACGCUUCCAAGCUCCACGAGACGGCUCUUCAUCACGCGGCUAAAACCAAGAACGCCGAUCUGAUAGAGCUGCUGGUCGAGUUCGGGGGGAACGUUUUUGCUCGAGACAACCUCAGCAAGAAGCCCAUCCACUACGCCAGCGUGGGAUCUCCCUCCUACCUCUGCCUCGACUUCUAUGAAAAGACUCCCCUCAGCCUGCAGCAGCUCAGCAGAGUGGCUUUGAGGAGGGCGCUCGGCACAAGAGCGCGCAGAGUCAUUUCGGAGCUGCGCUUGCCCAAGAGCAUCAUAAGGUUCCUCUCGUACCUGAAGCCUCUUGUCGUUCAACUCUGACCAAGUUUGACAGGCUUGAGUUAAAGAUGCUGCAUGGGUUUCUUCAGGCAGCAGCAUGGUAGGACGCUGAGAGUUUAAAAAAAAAAACUAGGCAGAUGUAUUUCUUUUCUGAUUAGUUUUUGUUUUUACGGCUAUAAAAGGCAGAGCGGCUCAAUCUAGAGACUCAACGCCGAUGUAUCAAACAAAGGUCUUUCUUUCUUCCUUUCGGCCGGUUCAGAUUUCUUUCUUCAGGAAUGUGUGCGAAAUUACACAAGAGGUCCAUGCACCUGUUACGACAGGCUGCGUUCUGACUACAAAGCCGUUGCUGUUACCUGGAAUCAGGUUUUACGUGUUUCUUGGAAGUGCAUCUAACCGGCAUAAUUAGUUUGAAUCACCGCAGCAGGAACUUUGGCGCGCCUCUAGUCGUUUAGGUCUGCUUCUAUCAUGGAUCUGAAGUACAUUAGGGUGAUGUUAGCUUGGUGGUCAUGGAUAUUUUUAUAGAGACAGUGAAGCAAACCAGUGAAUGUAGAGCGGAUCUCUAGGGAAACAAUAAAAAAAGCACUACAGAGUCUGAUGUAGAGGCCUCCCAAACAAACAGAAAAUUAAGAUUUAAUACAGCGGUAUAAAUAUGAAGCUUUUUUUCAAUUCUGCAAGCUGCAUCAAAGACUUCAUAAUUAGUAUUGUAUAAUUGUAUGUACAUGUACAUAUUCUGUAACUAUUUAUUUUUUAUGUAAAUAUGUAAAUAUUACAGGUGGUUAUACCUCUAUGAAGUUGAUGGAAAUAAAAAGACCGAAAUCAGUCGA